AGUCGUUUGCAAACCGCUGUUUGAAGCGGUCUUGUAUAUUAUUACCGCGCGUUUCUUGCUUUACAUUUCCGCGAAAAACUAAAUCUACAGAAACAUGGCGAAGCUGUCAUCAGGCCACGGCAUCCAGGUGGUGUCUCCGAACGAGGACCACACCUUCCAGCUGAACGAGUCAGAGCUCCAAGAGUUGCUGCUGCGGGAAGACUUGAAGGACCGGCCGGUGGUGCUGUUGUCUGUAGCAGGGGCUUAUAGAAAGGGGAAAUCGUUCCUGCUUGACUUCUUCUUGAGAUAUUUGGAUCAGACUUACAAUAAUGGACUAGGCGGUGGCGAGUGGCUGGGUGCAGACGCGGAAUCGCUGAAGGGAUUCUCCUGGCGCGGCGGCUCCGAUCGGCACACCACCGGCAUCCACCUCUGGUCACAGCCCUUCAAAGCUACCACUCCUGAUGGCGAGAAGGUGGUGAUCUUGCUCAUGGACACACAAGGCACCUUCGACAGCAACUCGACAGUGAAGGACAACGCCACCGUGUUCGCGCUGUCCACCAUGCUGUCCUCCGUACAAAUAUACAACCUCUCGCAGAACAUUGAAGAAGAUGACUUGCAGCAUCUACAGCUAUUCAUGGAGUAUGGCCGCGUCGCCAAAGACGAGAUUGGUGGCAAACCAUUCCAGCAUCUUCAGUUUCUCGUGAGAGACUGGUCGUUCCCGUAUGACCAUCCUUACGGGUCUGAGGGUGGGCAACAACUACUUAACAAAAGACUUACGGUCAAAGAAUCCCAGCAUGAGGAGUUGCAGAGGGUGCGUCAGGACAUAGCGCGUUGCUUCGAGGAAGUCACCUGCUUCCUCAUGCCUUACCCUGGGAGGAAAGUAUCCACUGACCCGGAUUUCACUGGAAAGCUGUCAGAUAUAGACCCAGAGUUCCAGAAGGCACUCCAGCAGUUGGUACCUAUGCUGCUGCAGCCCAGCAGGCUGGUCACCAAGAAGAUCGCGGGACAGACGGUGAAGGCGCGGGACUUGCUCAACUACUUCAAGAGUUAUGUGGAUGUCUUCAACAGCGAGGAGCUGCCGCAUCCCAUGACUAUACUGCAGGCGACAGCGGAAGCCAACAACACUUCAGCAUCAGCGGAAGCGAGGAACGUGUAUGAGACCCUCAUGGAAGAGAUCUGUGGUGGGGCGAAGCCCUACCUGCCGCAGGACGCACUAGACAUGGAGCACCGGAAGUGCCUCAACAAAGCGCUGCAUGCCUUUGACAGUAAGAAGAAGAUGGGAGGCGAUGACAUGGCUGCCAAGUAUAAGGAACUGCUUGUAAAGGAUAUCGAAGACCUAUACGUCCAACUAUCAGCCCACAACGAGGGCAAGAACUUAUACCGCAUGUUCAGCACGCCGGCGGUGUUCGCGGCGCUGUUCCUGCUGGGCUACCUGCUGACCGUGCUCGGCAACACCUUCGGGGUGCAGACCCUGGUGGCUGUGGGGCAGGCUGUGACUGUGGCCGCUGCUGGCAUGCUGGCCGCUUGGGGUUAUACCAGAAUGACAGGCAAUCUGAGAGAAGUUGGCAUGCAGCUUGAUGACAUCGCCAAUAAGAUUCGAUCCUUUGUGGUGAGACGAGCAGAGCCAUCGCUAAAGGAAUCAUAACAACGUGUCGCCAUCACCAGAUUACGAGUGAAUUGUUAUGUCUACAAUUAUAAACUGGUCAUUUAUUUAGUGAUGGCACUUACUUCUUAAGUCUUAAAUCGACCCUGAAAUUUUACCUUUACAAUUUUUUCCCCGUCGAGGGGAAAUUAUUUCCUGAACCGCAUAAAAACCUUUAGCUCAAUCGGUAAAUAAAGAGUCCUCCAAGUAGGUGCCAUAGCUAAAAUAUAGAUUUAACUACUUAAGUUUUAGUUAUAAAAGUCAGAAUAGCUUGUAAUAAACAUUCUAAUGUAAAUAAUUAUAUUGGACAUGUGACGGAUUUGCGUACAAACACUGACCACUGAAUAGACACAAGCUUUUCUGUUGUUACCAAGAGUGUUCAAUUUGAAUAAAUGUAAACAUUUCUGGCAAUAGAAAUCACUGAAUAUUCAAUGUUAUACAUUUAAUUUGAAAAUCUAUUUUUAGUAUAAGACGUAUGCCUAUUGUUAACGGUGUACAUUUGCUAUGAUAAUAAUAUAAUCUCGAAAUAAAAUGCCACAAAUAAAUAAAAUUGCUAGGCAUGUAUUGGUCUGAUAAAUUGAUAAAUUAUGUAGGAUGAGCCUCAUAUAAACUGAUGAUAU